GGGCAGGGAAGCUGGGCUGUUUGCACGCAGGGAGGCCGGGACUGUGGCUGGCGUGUGGGCAGGUGGGCCCGGGGCGUGUCUUGCCAUCUGUCCUGGUGGGCUGCCAACCUGUCUACUCUUCUGGGUGGGCUCAGGCAUCUGCUCUUUUGCAAGGACAAUGGCAUCGCUUGGCCACAUCUUGGUUCUCUGUGUGGGUGUCAUCAGCUUGGCCUAUGCAGAAGCUCCCAAGGAACAUGACCCGUUCACAUAUGACUACCAAUCCCUGAGAAUCGGGGGCCUCACUAUCGCCGGGAUCCUCUUUAUCCUGGGCAUCUUCAUCAUUUUGAGCCGAAGGUGCCGGUGCAAAUUCAACCAGCAGCAGAGAACCGGGGAGCCUGAUGAAGAAGAGGGAACUUUCCGGAGCUCCAUCCGCCGUCUGUCGAGUCGCCGGCGGUAGGAGCACCUGGCGCGCUGCAUGCGUGCAGGCAGCCUCGGGGGUCUGCAGCGACACCGUUUGGGGGUGACGGUGCAGGGUUGGAGGGGUCUCUCCCGCCCCUCAUCGCUGUCCAGCUCGCAGGAUUCGCCCGCACCUGACACGGCCCACCCACGUCUCCGCGCCCCCCGACCCCCUGGCCGCCUCCUGCCCUGCUUUGCAGCCCCCCCGGAUUCCCAAUAAAACCAGCUCUUCUGUC